AUGAGAAAUCACACAUUGGUGGAUGAGUUCAUUCUGUUAGGGAUACCUCAGACAGAAGGACUGGAGACUGUGCUCUUUGUCAUCUUCUUAUUCAUCUAUAGCUUUACCCUAUUUGGAAAUUUGCUCAUAUUUAUAGCAAUCAUUUCUUCUUCUACCCUUCAUACCCCCAUGUAUUUCUUCUUGGGACUUCUAUCCAUUUUUGACAUGUCAUUUCCUUCAGUAACCUGUCCCAAGAUGCUACUUUAUCUCUCUGGCCACAGCCAUACCAUCUCUUAUAAGGGAUGUGUUGCACAGCUCUUCUUCUAUAAUUUUCUGGGAUCUAGUGAAGGAUGCCUCUAUUCUGUGAUGUCCUAUGAUCGUUUUGUUGCCAUCUGUCACCCACUGAGAUACAUGCUCAUCAUGAAACUUGGAGUCUGUGUCAGCUUGGUCAUGGUAGCUGGAUUGGUGGGGUGUCUUCAUGCCACCAUCCUGACCUCAUUGACCUUUAAAUUAAUCUACUGUGGCCCCAACCAUGUGGACUAUUUCUUCUGUGACAUUCCUGAAGUUUUACCCUUGGCUUGCACUGACAGCUUCUUAGCUCGGAAAGUCAGUUCAAUUAACGUUGGCUUUCUGGCUCUAAUGCUUUUAUUCAGUGUUUGUGUCUCCUAUGUUCAUAUUGGGAUUGCCAUCCUAAGAAUCCAUUCAGCAGAGGGGAGGCAGAAAGCUUUCUCCACAUGCAGUGCUCACCUCACUGCAAUCCUCUGUGCCUAUGGACCUGUGAUCAUCAUCUAUCUGCAGGGCACACCCAACCCCCUGCUUGGUACUGUGGUUCAAAUAUUAAAUAAUAUUGUUUCACCCAUGUUAAACUCACUAAUUUAUUCCUUAAGGAACAAGGAAGUGAAAAGAUCUCUGAAAAGGGUGUUUCACAGUGUAGUCCUUGCUGUUCGGAAAUGA